AACCGACCACUGGGUUACCUGUCCCUGAGCUGUCUUCCCAUGGCACUCUCUCCUUCUCCGAAAUCCCAAACCCCCUAUUUAUUAAUCCCCGUCCCCUUUCUCACCCCCCAAAAACACCCAACUCUCUCUCUCCAACUACACAAUUUUCUCUCUCUCCAAAUCUUACUUUCGCUCUUUUUGUUUCUCACAACUCCCGAAGCAGCAUACACGAAUCACAAAUAAUCUUAAAAACCAAUUCCACCGUUCAUUGACGUAUCUUGCUCACUUUUUAUUUUUUUCUAUAAGUCAAGUGUUCGGACUAUCUUAUCGGCAACCCAGACUAAUCCAAGAAACCAAUUCCUCGCUCUUGUUCAAUGGCGUCCAAUAGUGCCCAACCGAGUUUUGAAGACAUGUUACCCAUAAUGGCCGAGAAAUUGGGCGGGAAAGGGCUGAUCGGGGAGCUGUGUAAUGGGUUUGAGCUGCUGGUGGACGGUGAUAAAGGGGCGAUCACGUUCGACAGCCUGAAGAGAAACGCCGCCGUGUUGGGGUUGCAGGGAUUGAGCGACGGUGACCUGAGGAGUAUGUUGAGGGAAGGGGAUUUGGACGGCGAUGGGGCGCUGAAUCAGAUGGAGUUUUGUGUUCUUAUGUUCAGACUGAGUCCUGAGUUGAUGGAACAGUCUGAAGUUUUGUUGGAGGAGGCGCUUGAACAGGAAUUCAAAGGCUUUUAUUAAUCGGUCUUGAUAUCGUUAGCACACACGAUAAACACGUUAGAAGACGAGAAAAACACAUAUUUUUGUAUGCUUUUUAUAGUCUCUAAUAUACAUUCACACACUCAUUAUUGUCUCAUGGGCUGAUUUUAGAAUUUUCCUUUAUUAAUUGGAAUUCUAAUUCUAGUUCUUAUAA